AGUAACUGGCCGUGUCUCUGGCCUUGUCUUUAUCAACGCUGCCUCAGUGAGUGUAUGGUUCCCAUCACCAUGUCCCACAGGUACCUGGCCAUGCUGCUCCUCACCCUCACCCUCACCACCCUGACCCAGGCUGCCCAUGCCCAGCUACAAGAGCACGCCUUGCCACCAGAGCAAGAUGCUGAGGAAGUCACCUCGGACGAGAUCACGGAAGAGCAGGACGUUUUGGUGCUGAACAAACACAACUUUGUCACAGCGCUGAAGGAGAACAAGUACCUGCUGGUGGAGUUCUAUGCCCCCUGGUGUGGCCACUGUCAGAGUCUGGCUCCAGAAUAUUCCAGAGCUGCCGAGCAGCUGAGGAAUGAGUCUGUGGAGGUCAGCCUGGCCAAGGUCAAUGCCAUUGAAGAGCCGGAGUUGGCUGCAGAGUUCCAGGUCAACAGCUACCCCACCCUGAAGCUGUUUAAGGAGGGCCACCGAGAUGCUCCAGUUGACUACACAGGCAAGAGGACCGCGAGUGGCAUUGUGGGCUGGCUGAAGCGGAGAGUUGCUGCCAGUUACCUGAUCAUCCACUCUGCUGCUGAACUGCAAGCGUUCAUUGAUGCCGCACAGGUGGCCGUUGUUGGCUUCUUCAAGGAUGUUGAAGAUGAUGAUGUGAAAGUGUUUGUGGAGGUGGCGGAGGAAGCUGUGGACAUCCCGUUUGGCCUGAGCAGCAGUGCGGAGAUCCUGGCUCAGUACGGGCUCACCAGGAACACCAUCUGCAUGUUCAAACAGUUUGAUGAUCGCAGAACAGACUUUGAGAUCGAUCAUCAGUCGGGAUUGGUUAAGGACAAACUGAGUAAAUUUAUCAGAAUUAAUGAAAUGCACCUGGUUACGGAGUUUACCAAAGAGACUAACCCAAAGAUUUUUGAAGCUAAAAUUGACAACCACAUCCUGAUGUUUAUCAACAAGACGAUGGAGGACCAGAGUCAGCUUUUGGAGAAGUUUCGAGAGGCAGCGGCCUUCUUCAGAGGCCAGGUGCUGUUUAUUUAUGUGGACAUGGACCAUGACAAUGACCACGUGCUGGACUACUUCUCCGUGAAGAGAGAGGACGCUCCCACUAUCCGACUGAUCGACAUCAGCGGCAUGAAGAAGUACAAGUUCCCCUUUGAUGAGAUUACGGCCAGUAAUGUCCAGAGCUUCUGUCAACAUUGUCUGGAUGAUCAGCUCCAGCCUUAUUUAAAGAGUAAAGAUAUUCCGGCCGAUUGGGACAAGAAUCCGGUGAAAGUUCUGGUGGGGAAGAACUUUGAAGAAGUUGCCUUUGACGAGAUGAAGAAUGUGUUUGUGCAGUUCUAUGCCCCCUGGUGCAGUCACUGUAAAGAGUUGUCUCCCGUGUGGGACGCGCUGGGAGAGAAGUACGAAGACCACGCCAACAUUGUCAUCGCCAAGAUGGAUGCCACGGUCAACGAGGUGGAGGCGCUCACUAUCCAGGGAUUCCCAACCAUCAAGUACUUCCCCGCUGGCCCAGAGAGAACGAUUGUGGAGUACUCUGGUGCCAGGGAUCUGGAAACGUUGACAAGGUUUCUGGAGAACGGAGGAGUUCUCCGUGAGGAAGGUGACACAGAUGACCAUGGUGGCACGGUCAUGGAUGAGGUUCUCCUGGGGAAGACCAACAUCACCACGGGCCGAGCGACAGCAGAUGAGGACGAGGUGAAGGAUGAGUUGUAG